GUGGGGCAGAUUGGUCAGAGAAGAGUUUUUGAUGCUUCAUCUUCAAGGGAUCAGCUGCUGAUAGAGAUAUUUCAUUUCAUUUUCCUCAGUAUGACCAGGCUUUUUACAAUGACCAUCAUCACUUGCAAAAUACCAAGGGCAUUCUCUUUCUCUCCAGGUAUAACUCAGUAUUUACAAAUUUCUGUGAGCUAACAGCUGUUGCAUCUUUUCCAGGUAUCUGUGUGGCUAGGGGAAAGUAUAGCAGAACUCUUUGAAAAUGGACAUUUUCACAUUGUUCUUCGGAUACAAAAUCUUCAGUCAAUGAGAUAAGGAUGUGAAGUUCCUUUCUCUCUUUUUUAAUCUCUUAAAGACAGGAAAUAAAGAAAUGCAGAGGAUCCUCAGGGCAGAAGUCUGAACCUCACGGUCCUCUGCUCAGGCACCAGGACGAAGUCACUGAAGUGAUGACAGGAAUAAGGAAGAACAAUGCUUUGCCUGAGCUGCAUAUUUCUUUGGCUUGUUGCAGGAGAGAGGAUUAAAGGAUUUAAUAUUUCAGAUUGUCCCACCAAAAAAAUCCUUUGGAUGUAUUCUGCAAGGAGUGAAGAAGAAUUUGUCUUAUUUUGUGAUUUUCCAGAGCCACAGAAAUCACAUUCCUCCCACAAAUGUCAACCUUCACUGACACAGACUCCUGAACCCCUGCCCUGUGGUGGCAGGGAGGACCUAGCCGACGUCCGAUGGUACCUGCAACCUCAGAAUGGAGAUCCACUAAAGGAAAUUACUAAAGGCUAUCCUUACAUUAUUCAGGAAAAUAGCUCUCUGCGUUUUUCAGCCCCAGAGAUGAGCAUUACAGGCUCAUAUAUUUGUAGACCUGGGAUUAGGAGCCCCCAGGAUGUGGCCUGUUGUGUCAGGACAGUCUUGGAAGUUAAGCCCCAGACAAAUACCUCCUGCAAGGAUGUAUCACAUAAGCAAGACCUGCGUUUUGGAAGCUUGGGCCAAAUUCACUGUCCCAGUCUCAGCUGCCAAGAUGAUGCACAAAGUCCUGAAGUGACCUGGUACAAGGAUGGAAAACUCCUCUCUGACAAGAGGAGCAGCCCAAUCCUAGUGGACGAAGUGUUCAAGUGUGACGAGGGCACCUACGUGUGUGACCACACUCGGUCGGAUAAUGCAAGCACGUGGACCGUCAGAGCUGUGGUUCAAGUAAGAGCCAUUGGGUGGGGAGAAGAGAGCAGAGGAAGUGAGAUUGAUGAUGCCGGAGAGCGAGAAUUUCGGGGGCCAAGGCCUUUCACAGGGAAGUGGCCUGAGAGUGACUGUACAGCCCAGGGAGAGCAGGACACGCUGGAAGUGGAACUUGGAAAACCUCUCACUCUUAACUGCACAGCACGAUUUGGCUUUGAAAAGAACUUUCAACCUGUAUUAAAAUGGUACAUCAAAGAUUCUGACCUGGAGCGGGAAGUCACACUACCUAAGGGAAAAAGCAUUAAAUCCACGCCUGACGGUGACAUCGUUCAGCUGGCGUUCCCACUGGAGAAAGUGACGCAGACCCAUCUUCGCAGCAAGUUUGUUUGCUUUGCACAGAACUCCAUCGGGAACACCACCCGGUCCAUCCAGCUGACACUGAAGAAGGGAGUGGUGCUGCUGUUCAUCCUGCUGGGCACCGUCGCAGGCCUGGCGAGCGUGCUGGCAGGGAGCGCUCUCCUCUACUGGUACUGGAUUGAGAUCGUGUUGUUCUACCGCACCUACCGCAGCAAGGACGAGACGCUCGGGGAUAAAAAGGAGUUUGAUGCGUUCAUAUCCUAUGCAAAAUGGAGCUCUUUUGAGAGUGAGACCACUUCAUCUCUGACUGAGGAGCACUUGGCCCUGAAUCUAUUCCCUGAAGUUCUGGAAAACAAAUACGGAUAUACCUUGUGUUUGCUUGAAAGAGAUGUGGCCCCAGGAGGGGCAUAUGCGGAAGACAUUGUGAGUAUUAUUAAGAAAAGCAGAAGAGGAAUCUUUAUCUUGAGCCCCAGCUACGUCAGCGGGCCCAGUGUGUUUGAACUCCAAGCAGCAGUGAAUCUUGCUUUAGCUGACCGGACGCUGAAACUAAUUUUGAUUAAGUUCUGCCCCUUUCCGGAGCCAGAGUCUCUACCUCAUCUUGUGAGAAAAGCUCUCCGGGUUUUGCCCAUAGUCACUUGGAGAGGCUUAAAAUCAGUAACGCCCAGUUCCAGGUUCUGGACCCAAAUGCGAUACCACAUGCCAGUGAAAACCUCGAAAGGACUCACGUGAAUCAGCUCAGAAUGACCUCGAGGGCUUUUUGUUUUUGUUUUUGUUUUGUUUGUUUUUGUUUUUGUUUUCCCAAAAAGACUCGGUAAGCAGGAACCACUGGGAGGAGCUCCCAGUCCAGGGAAUGGGGAAAAGAACCCAGUAAGCCUCCCUCGCCUGCAGGCUGCAGGGAGAGAGGUUGGUGGGCAGGUGCUGGAAUGAGACAAAGGUUGUAACUUAGGUUGUCUUUGGUUUCUGGAACAGACGGAGAGAGUGAAUUCCCGGAGCUCUGUGUGCAUUCAGCCCUCCAUACCCCCUCGACGUCCUUAGGGGCCCGAGGAGAGAAGCAGUAGCCCCUCCCCUGUGGUGAUGAGCUCUGUGUCUACUGUCUGCUGAAUGUACAGCUCUAUGUAUUUUUGCUGUCAGACAAAUACUAUUUAAUUAAAACUGAGUGAUUGAGA